UUUCUCUACUCGUUCGUUCUCGAGUCAGCGGCGGAUCGUGAGACAGCCGGUGAAGAUGAAGACCAUCCUGUCCUCGCAGACGAUGGAUAUCCCUGAGGGCGUCACUGUGAAGGUGAACGCUAAGAUCGUGGAGGUGGAGGGCCCGCGUGGCAAGCUCACCCGCAACUUCAAGCAUCUCAAUCUCGACUUCGAGCUCAUUGAGGGCGGGAAGAAGCUGAAGGUGGACGCUUGGUUCGGAUCUCGGAAGACUACGGCCGCCAUCCGCACCUCCUUAAGCCACAUCGAUAACCUGAUCGCGGGGGUCACAAAGGGGUACCGCUACAAAAUGCGGUUGGUCUAUGCCCACUUUCCCAUCAACGGCUCCAUCACUCCCAACAACAGCUGCAUUGAGAUCGGGAACUUCCUUGGGGAGAAAAAGGUC